UACAACUUUCUGUCUGGCAGGCUCAUCCAAAGCUCACAGAUGAUAGAGAGACAACAGGCAGGAAGGACAGCUGAUCACUUUAUUUGAGUGCUUCAAUGGGCCAGCAAGUGGACUUGGAUGGUGAGCCAGUGUCUGCCUGAAUAGAAGCAUCUAGCAGACAUGAAUGCCAUGGCAAUUGCAGUAAACAACACGCAGACAUAAGAUCCUCAUUACCGUUUUAAUCAGGCAUUGUAUCUGCCAAUGUUCAGUUUUGUUUGUUUCCUGUGGUUUACUGUAAUUAUAAGGCAGUGCUUUUCUGUGUGCCUCCAUGAUGUUGUACAGAGAGAGACUCAAGUGGUGUCUCCCCCUGAUGCCUUUACCCAAGCUAGAAGACUAGUUAGCCGUGCCACAACAUGGUCACCUCAUUUACCACUUAGGGUGACUCCUUGGUACUUGCCAGGUGAAAGUGCCCUUCUAACUCCACCACAAAUGUCCCAACUGCAGACAGCCAUGAAAGAAGUGACCAAGACCAUCGGCAGCAUGUUAUCAGUCUCUAGACGGGAAGGACCAUUACUCCUCAAUCGUGAUAUGAACAGAUAUUGUCGCUCUGUCUGGGGCGAUCCCUCGCUUCUCAACUAUAAAAGGUGUGGAUCUCCAGACAACUCUUACCAUGGAGAAAGAUGUCUAGAUGUCUUGAUACCAGAUUCCCAUCUCUAUGGAUAUGAAGUGUGGCCAAUGAAUGGGACAGAACCAAUUCAUAGAACACUAGAUGGGGCUGGUGUUCCUGAUACAGACUUCUUGCUAUAUGUGAGGGUGGCCCAGACAAAAAAAUGUGCCUUACAGCCCAUCGUUAUUGCCUACGCAUCGUACUGUCAGCUGGACCACGCAGGUCGUCCUAUUGCUGGGGUCAUUGUGUUCUGCCCAAAGCGUCUUAGAGAAGUAGUAAACCAGCAUCCUCACAUUGUACAGGUGUCCCUACAUGAGAUCCUUCAUGCGCUGGGAUUCUCUAGCAGCCUCUUUGAGAAAUGGAUAGACUGCAGUUUUUCAGAAUAUGGCGAUCUUUGCUCCUCACGAUCCCGCGUGACAAACAUAGAUGAAAAUGGUCAGCGCCGCAUUUAUACUCCAACUGUAAUGCAGAAAAUGGGGGAACACCUAGGUGUAGGCAGCACUGGGGCUCCCCUUGAGAAUCAGGAAAAAUCAGCUUCCUCCCACUGGGAAUCAAGAAUCAUGCAGGGAUCAAUUUUGACGGCCUCUAUCAACCCUCCACACCUCACAUUCCUGGACCCUAUCACACUGGCAGCCUUCCAAGAUAUGGGGUGGUAUAAGGUGAAUUCAAGCAUUAGUCAUCAGCUUCUGUGGGGAAAAGGUGCUGGGAAUUCUUUUGGCCUUCCUUCCACAUGCCACAAAGCAUCUGAAUUUUUCUGCAAAAAUAAGAGUGACAUUGGCUGCCACCAUUUGCAUCUGGACAAGGCUAACUGCUCCACUGACACAUUCCUGGAUGGAUGUUAUAUUUAUAAGCCACUCCCACAAGGGGGUGAAUGCUGGCUGGAGAAUGGCAGUGAAGGAACAGAAGAAAUUUACCAUCACCAGAGUCGUUGCUUCUUUUCAAACCUCACAAGGUUUCCAGAGGCACCGAAGCAUGAAAAGGUGAAAGGCCGCUGCUAUCUUCAUCGCUGCCUUGGUCCAAACACAUUUCACAUCAAGGUUCAAGGAUCAGAAUGGACAGACUGCCCCGCUGGAGAGUGGAUAAAUGUGGCAGGUUUUGAUGGUGUACUAUUGUGCCCAGAUGGACGGCUCUGCUUGGGACUUGAAAAACCUCUUCUUCCAACUUCUACUUCCACCUCAACCCCAGCCUUAAACAUGCAUAAGCCUGCAACUCGCCAGGACAUCAGGGUGCAGGUUACCCUUAUGGCUGGCCUUUCAUGGACCUCAGAAAAGAAAACACUUCUAAUGGAUGAAGUCCUUGGAGUCAUUGCACACCACGCAGGAGUGCGAAGCCUGCGCGUCUACCGCACUGUCCCGUGCCCGAAACGCAAGGUAUCGCAUACAUGA